AUGUCUUCAAUUAUCAAAAGGUUCACUCGGAGCAGCAGUACCUUCAAGAACACUAAUAUUCUUCUGAAACCGGCUUUUGAUCUCAAAAGGGUAAUAGCCAACAAAGAUGCCUAUCUAGAUUCCAUAUCUCGUAGAAACUGUCUACCAAGUGUAAAAGAGGGCCUUGAGUACAUUCUAAACAAUAGAGAGUUGGAGAAAAACAUAUCGUCAAGCCUCAACCAAUUAAGAGCAGAAAGAAAGAAAUUGGCUUCCACAAUCAAAGGGAAGCAAGAUACUCAAACGUUGGACACUUUAAAGUCAUAUAAGAAACAAAUUCAAGAUCUUGAAGUUCAACAAAGUGUCUUGGCUAAGACUCUUCAUGAUGCGGCUGAUAAUUUACCUAAUCUUUUGGAUCCAGGCGUACCAGAAGAUCCUGAAGAAGGAACCGUGGUGGAGUUUAUCAAUUGUGAUUCUGAGCUUCACGGUGAACAAUUAAGACCGAAAGAUUCUUCAAUAUACGAUCAUAAAACCAUAGCAGAGAAGUUGAAUAUUGUUGACUUCUCAACUGCUUCCCGAGUUAGUGGUUCAUCAUGGUAUUAUUUGAAAGGUGAUGGUGCUUUAUUGGAACAAGCUUUGGUUCAAUAUGGUUUGAAGAAAGCUAGAUUGAAUGGUUAUAAAAUGCUCAUACCUCCAUCGAUUGUUCAAUCAGAAGUAGUCAAUGCAUGUGGGUUCAAACCUAGAGAUCAAAACAAUGAACAACAAGUUUAUUCCAUUGAAGGUUCCUCAUUAGCUUUAACUGCAACUGCUGAGAUACCACUUGGUGGAUUGCAUUCAAGUUCCACAUUCCCCUCUAAGCAAGACUUUCCAGUGAAAUAUGUUGGAGUAUCCAGAUCCUAUAGAGCCGAAGCCGGAGCUAGAGGAAAGGAUACCAAGGGACUUUACAGAGUUCAUGAAUUCACAAAAGUUGAACUUUUCCACUUCACAACUGAAGAGAAUUCACAAGAAGAAUUGGAACAAUUGAAACAAUUCCAAAUAGAAAUCAUUAAAGAUUUGGGUUUAAGUGCCAAAAUGAUUAAUAUGCCAACAACUGAUUUGGGAGCUCCAGCUUCUAAGAAAUAUGAUUGUGAAGCUUGGAUGCCUGGGAGAGGGGCUUGGGGUGAAUUAACAAGUUCUUCUAAUUGCACUGAUUUCCAAUCAAGAAGAUUGGGUAUCAAGCAUAUUGAUGGUGAAAGUGGUAAGCUGAAAUAUGUUCAUACUUUAAAUGGAACAUGUAUGGCAGUUCCAAGAGUCAUUGUGGCUCUUAUUGAACAAUUUUAUGAUCCAGCAACUGAAUCAAUUCUUAUUCCAAAAGUCCUUAGACCAUAUAUGGACGACAAGGAGAGAAUAGUGAAGAAUUAA